AUCAGCUGGGGGUGGGGGAGCCUGGAGGGUGUGUAUGGAGGAAAUCAGCCAGUCAGCCAGCCAGCCAGCUGCCCUGCCUGACAGCCAGAUAUCGGCUCCCCAGCAUCAGGGGACCAAUUCAAACCCAGAGAUCAUCCCUGAAGGCUAGAAGGAACCAGGGAAAAUGGGUGAGAGGGGGCUGGGGGCUCGGAAGAUACAAAGCCGCUUAGCAGAGGCUAGCCACCCCCUCUCCUGAUUCCUACCCAGACGCCCACCCCCAAUCUGGCUUUUUUCCUGCUAUUUUUAUUUUUAUUUUUACUCUGGAAAAGCCAGUGCCCAUUUCCCAAGAGGGACAGACAGCCGUUAUUUAGGUGGAUGAGCAAAGGGAGGCCAGAGGAUUUGUGUGUGAUCUCCCCCCAUCCCUCCCUGCGAUCUACUACCCAAGACACACGGCUGUCCAGGGCUCUGAAGCUUCCCAGAAGGAGAAAAAAUAGAAAUCAGAGUAGUUUGGGAAGAUUUCAGGAAAGAGCAUGGGACUUGAGCUACGCCUUAAUGGAUGCAUCAGAUUUGGGUGAUCAGAGAGAAGGGAGGCCUCUGUGAGUGAUCCUGUCCCCAGAUCCCAGCUGCAUGGAACGGCUGCAGAAGGCCCUUUCCCCAGACCUCUGUUCACCCAUGUCUCCCACUUCCCAGCAACCGCUCACCUCCCCUGGGAGCGUGAGCUCCUCCCGAGACUCCAGUGUGCCUGGCUCUCCCUGCAGCAUUGUGGCCAAGAUGGAUAAUCAGGUGCUGGGGUAUAAGGACCUGGCUGCCAUCCCCAAGGACAAGGCCAUCCUGGACAUCGAAAGACCAGACUUGAUGAUCUAUGAACCACACUUUACCUACUCCCUCCUGGAUCAUGUAGAGCUGCCUCGAAGCAGAGAGCGCUCUCUGUCACCCAAAUCUACAUCUCCCCCACCAUCCCCUGAGGUGGUCUGGCCAGAAAGCAGGUCACCAGGGACUGUGUCUCAGACCCCUGCACCCAGGACUAGUGGGACCCCCCGGAGCAGCCUGCCUCAUUUCCACCGACCUGAGACCACUCGUGCUGAGUUUAACAUUUACAAGAAACCACCCAUCUAUAAACAGAGAGAGUCUGUGGGAACAAGUCCACAGAGCAAGCACCACAUUGAGGACCUCAUCAUCGAGUCAUCCAAGUUCCCAGCAGCUCAGCCCCCCGACCCCAAUCAACCAGCUAAGAUUGAAACUGACUACUGGCCAUGUCCACCAUCUCUGGCUGUUGUGGAGACAGAAUGGAGGAAGCGGAAGGCAUCUCGGAGAGGAGCAGAAGAGGAGGAGGAGGAGGAAGAUGAUGACUCAGGGGAAGACAUCAAGGCUUUAAGGGAGCGACAGAAAGAGGAACUCAGUAAGGUCACCUCCAACUUGGGGAAGAUGAUCCUGAAGGAGGAGAUGGAAAAGUCCUUACCCAUUCGUAGGAAAACCCGCUCCCUGCCUGACCGAACACCCUUUCAUACUUCCUUGCACGCGGGAACAUCCAAAUCUUCCUCACUCCCAGCCUAUGGCCGGACCACUCUCAGCCGGCUACAGUCCACAGAGUUCAGUCCAUCAGGGAGUGAAGCAGGAAGUCCAGGCCUUCAGAAUGGAGAGGGCCAGAGGGGGAGGAUGGAUCGGGGAAACUCCCUACCUUGUGUGCUGGAGCAGAAGCAGAUUUAUCCUUAUGAGAUGCUGGUGGUGACCAACAAGGGACGUUCCAAGCUGCCUCCAGGGGUGGACAGGAUGAGGCUUGAGAGACAUCUAUCAGCGGAAGAUUUCUCACGAGUAUUUGCCAUGUCUCCUGAGGAAUUUGGCAAGCUGGCUCUUUGGAAACGCAAUGAACUCAAGAAGAAGGCCUCCCUCUUCUGACUGCCCUCCCCCUCUCUUUGACCCAGCCCCAAACACCUGCUUCAGGGUUUUGGACAUAGGAGUUGUGGGAUCCCAAAGUAUCUUCUUCCCCUGCUGACUAGGAGCCACCACUUCUUAGGGAAGUGGAGGGGGAGGGGGGAUGAAUAAGAGGUAGACAUGGUACCCUAGAGCAGAGAAGAAGAAGAAGGGUAAAACUAAGACCUCCAUGAGUCACGGGCCUAGGAACCAGAGACUUUCUCUCAACUGGUAAUGGUUCUAGGUUGACCCUACCUCCUUUCAUCACUCCUACUUUCCCACCAUAUAAAGCAGACCUAGGCUAUAACCUGGUACAAAAAGGGUUUAUGUUUGCCCUGUUUGAGGGCCCAAACCCCACUCCCACCCCCAUAUCUGGGUAUUAAAGGCUUAACAUUUGCCCAAAUCAGGUACUAAGAAGUGGGCUAACAAAAGACAGGAGGAUGAGAGAUGAAAGAAGUGAGAAGGCAGGAGGCAAACUCUGAUAAUUCCAGGAUUCUUAAUGUGGUGUCUACAAGCUCUCUCCAGACUGCUAGUUCUCUUUCCCCUGGGACUCCCUUAGAGGCUGCUGGAGUCCUAACCCCAAGCUGAGGAGCUUUCUUCUAGCUCAGUCUAUUUCUUUCCCCAUUACCCCAAGCUCUGGAGUCUCUUAUUACAGCCCUUUGGCUUCCCUGAUGCCCCUGGUUAGCUGGGGAAAUUUCUGAACACAACCUCUCACUUCAUCAACAGCCUCAAGUCAGAAACUGAUAGAAUUCUGGUUUCCAUCGCCAACCCAGCGACUGAGGACAAGCUCCAGGGAAGCUUCCAAAUGUCCCUGUUCCCAGGCCUCUUACAGCUACCCACCCAUCCCACAUUAAGCUCUUAAAAGAAUGUAAUUUAUUGGGGCACCCGCUAGCUGCUCUCCCCACCUAAUCCACCACCUCCCCCAUCCUCAUGACCACUCUACACAACACUCCUGGCUUUUCAUCUCUACAAAUAUAUAUAUGUAUAUAUAUAUUUUUUUCUUCUCGAGCUUGGGCUCUCUCUCUCCCCAGGCUGUGGCCUGCUUGACCACUCUGUACAUGAUAAUGCUGGGGAUGGUGGAAGGAGAGAGGGAGAGGGAACUCUGAUUGAAAUUAAAUGACUGGAUCAGGC